CUGUGGUCGACUUCGUUUUAUUAGAAAGUUGGACUAUAUCUACUCGAUUGCUGUCACUUCUGCUUUGAUCAAGGCAUAGGUAGACAACAGAGGGUAAUCCCCAUGAUGUCAGGUAACCCGAGACACGUGGCAAGAAAGAAUGGUAAUGCACUUGAGGAAUCGGCUUUUAAUGGGAGUGAAUCACCCGUUCGGACGCUCGACUCUGGUAGUGGUAUGCUUCAUUCGGAACAAAUCCCAAGCGAUUCCUUCCAGCUGCGGCAGGUAUAUGAACUGAUUCCUUCUGCCACACCUGAAAAACCGCCUGAUCACGCCGGCAGCUCACACGAACAAACGCCAGAGACCUCAGAGACCUUCAAGGACUUAUGUUCACAACCUGGACAUUCUGAAGAGCUGGAAAGACUUGAACAUACUGAACACGUCAAUUCUUGUAUGUUUCAGACAGUUCACAGAUCAUAUAAUGAAGCGAGUGUAUCUAUAACAUCUAAGGAAGAACAGGAGGACAAGAACGUCUUGAAUAACUCGACUGAACAGCCGUCAUAUAAAGAACCAAUUAGCACUCUUAUUGCGAUUACAUGCGAGCAAUUAACACCCAAUGUUCCAUUUGACUAUAAUGGAUUAGAACUCAACGAACCUAACCACAAGGCAGAACGGCGACCGAGCAACCAUCCCGCACCAAGCCAUCCAGCAGAUACCAGAGAGACCUUUGACCAAGAGAACACAGAAGGGCAUAGAAACCGUGGACUGUGUAGAAACCCAUUACGUGCCCGUUUCUGUUAUCCACCAAGAGGUCAACAAAGAACGCCAUUUCCAAAAGGCCACGACAACCCAGCCUUCGACAACGACCAUGAGAAGAGACACGACCACAAGACGACCUUCUACAAGCCCGUGUGGAAUUCGAGGCGGUCGACGAGGGAAGAAAAGGGCCGAGGGCUCGAGUCAUUUACCCACGCCAGCAUGGGUAGAGUCAAGGCCUGGGCGAAUGAAUGUGAGGAGCAAGCUGUUGCCCUUGCAGCAGCUCCCUCUCUCAAGCCCCUGGCGGAUCCGAGGGAGCGGCCUGGAUGGAAAUGUCUUCGGGAGUCAGCCCCGAGGGAACAUCCGGAGCCGGGGUCCCCAAGGCAAAAGCUGUCUCGAACAUGGAGGACAGACUUUUCUAUUCCCGGCCACUCCAGCCAAGACCCUCAGGACGACGCUGUAGCAGAAGUGACCCGCCGUUGCAAGUCUAAGUGCAGGUCACUACACCGGAAGAGGAAGCAAAGGAUGCAAGUGCAAUGUGCGGAGACAUAA